AUGCAUUUCUACGCCCUUCUUGCUUUCUUUUCGGCCAGUGCUUUAGCAUCGGCCAAUCGCCCUUCUAGUACCCAGUCACCCGGUGUGAAUAUUACAUCUAUCACCCCAACGACAGUCGCUUCUGCAAGCGUCGCCACCGUCACCAAGCUCGUCAAUCUCACCUCCACGGUCACUGUCCCUGGGACACCCUCGACGUCAACAAUUGCAGAGGAUGUUAAGGCGGCUUCGAAUGUGACUUCUUCGAUAGUACCUACGGGAGGCAUUUCUACGAGUGCGCUUUCGUCUGUUUGCGAGACAGCUACGCCCUCGGUCAUUACCUCUGUGGUCACGCAGGUUAGCACGAAGACUGUUGACCAUUUUAUUACUGUUACUGUUGGAGAAACUGGUUCCGCGCCAAGCCCCUCUGGAAACGUUCCGGGCUCUAAAGGACAGGUUGGAAAUAUCGGUCGACCUUCACAGAAUACCUCCAAAGCCGUCCAGAUACCAGCUACCACUACGAAAGCACCUACCCCAGUAAUUACUACAAUGUCUACGGUCAAGCCCGUGACCACUGUCGUUGUUGAACAAACAACGACGGUUUUUGUUACUUCGUUCGUUACGACUACGGUCCAAAUUCAAGCUGGAGAAACUUUUACCCGGUCAGCCAUGGUGACAAGCACUGUCACUAGCACUGGAAUGGCUACGCAUACACGCACCAGGGCAUCGACAGUUUUAGUCACGUUAACUAAAACCAAAACUGCUGAUCCUACUAGGACCGCAACGAAGGACGUAAAUACUAAAGGAUCACAAACUCAGGCCACUUCCCAACUGUCCCUCAGUUCGAGUGACCCAUUGUCCUCAACACCCUGCCCUACCGAUCCUGUCACCCUGACCGUAACUCGUUCUAGUGAAACUGCGACUACUAAAUUCGGUGUCAAAGACGACACUACAGCUUCUCGCUCUAGUCCCGUCCGGUUUACAACAAAGACCCGAGGCGCAAGUUCAUUAUCGGCCACUACAUCUACCGUCCUCUCCACUUCGACAGAUACUGGAUCAAUUACUACCCGGUCAUCCCGGUUCACAUCCAGGCCAUCCCAGUCACGGUCUACGUCUGUGGUUAGGUCUACCACAGAUACUAACAUUGGCACAUCAGCUUCGGAGACACAAAGCACCUCUAGUGUUACUGCUCCUUCAACUAGGAGAGGACGUACCAGUAGGACAAGCUCAUCUACAGUAGCAACAUCGACGACUUCAACCAAUGUAGUAACCGAAUCAUCUGUAGCUUCGGAAACUUCAGCCCAAAUUACGACUACUUCAGCACGCGCGACGCGAUCAGCAUCUUCCACAGUGUCCCGCUUCAGCACUUCGGUGCUUUCUACAAGUGCUGUCCGUGCGAACACUAGGUCCAACACUAGAACCAGAACCUCGAGUGCCGCUAAUGCAUCGGCAACUGGUUCAGCAGACCCUCAGACAUCCUUGGAUCUCGACCCUCGAGCUGUCAUGUCCGCUUUGGCCAACGACGGACAAGACAAGCCAGAUCCGGGUCAAGUAGCCUCGCUCACUUCGCGCAACAACUUCAUCAACUUUUGCAUCACGCAGAAUGUCCCCUUGACUGACGGGCAACAAAUUAAAGGCGGUUCCUGCAAUGGUGUUCCUAUGGGUCGUAUCUUAGCCGUGGACAAGAUGCCUUCCUCCAAGUUUGUGUUCCCAAAGAACGGCCAGACGAUCAAGGCCAACACGGCGUUUACCAUUCGAAUGGCGAUCAAGAACCUGAGCACAGGAAACUUUGUGAACCCAACGACAAAUUAUUACUCUGCCCCAGCGCAGACGACUGCCGACGGAACCCUGAUCGGGCACUCGCAUGUGGUGAUCGAAAAGCUGACGUCCAAGACGCAGUCGACACCUACGGAUCCACGGAAAUUUGCAUUCUUCAAGGGGCUCAACCAGGCUGCUGUAGGAGGAAUUUUGACAGCCGAUGUCACAGCUGGACUGCCUGCCGGGGAGUACCGGAUUGCGAGCAUCAACUCCGCGGCAAACCAUCAGCCUGCUCUGUCGGCGGUUGCCCAGCGUGGCAGUAAUGACGACAUUUCAUACUUUACGGUUGAGUGA